ACAACAUGAAAUGACACUGUGAACAAUACUGGCAACUAAUAGGAUCACCAAAGUGGACAUUCGAAUUGACAUCAAAUCUGGAGCUCUUACAAACAACUCGCUUCUUCGCGCUUACACGAUCCGUGCCCGGAGACUGUGAAAGGACGAGGGCCGGUUUCGCAGCAUUACCUGGCCCCCACAAACAUACAAACAGACACACACACACGUGUCCGCCCAAUGAACAACACGGUUAUCCUCGGCGCCGGCAUAGUAGGCGUCUCCACGGCAUACUACCUCUCGAAGCACCAGCCGGGCUCCACGAUCCACCUCGUCGAGGCCUCGCCCGAGCUCUUCGCGUCCGCCUCGGGCAAAGCCGCAGGGUUCCUGGCCCGAGACUGGUUCCCGCCUGCGAGCACGGAGCUGGGAGCCCUGAGCUUUGAGGAGCAUCGCAGGCUCGCGGAGCAGGAUGACGGGGCGAGAACGUGGGGGUAUUCGAAGAGCACGUCGCUGAGCCUAGCAUUCGGGAAGGGGAGGAGUGUUGCGAAGAAGGGCGGCGGCGACCGGGCCGAUGCGGCAAGCCGGACCGCUCUCGCUGGGGUGGACGAUGCACAGAAGGUCGAGUCCUCAAAUAUCCCGUCUUGGCUUCGGAGGACCGAAGGUGAUGCUGUCGAGGUGAUAGGUGAGGAGGGCUCUGUGGCUCAGGUAGACCCUCUCGCCCUCUGCCAGCACCUCCUGCGCCAGUGUCUCGACGCCGGCGUCCACCUGCACCACCCAGCAAGCGCCAUCUCGAUCCAAACUGACGUCCGCGACGAGCUGUCGAGCGUGUGCAUCGCGGACACGACAUCGAGCACAGAGACAGACGUGCCGUGCACGACCAUCGUCAUCGCGGCCGGCGCCUGGUCGCCGAGAGUCUUCAGCACGCUGUUUCCAAAGUCGACCGCGAGCAUACCAGUCUCCAGUCUGGCGGGCUACUCUCUCGUAUUCAAGUCCCCCCGGUGGACGGCCGAGAAUGAGGAGCACGGUUGCCAUGCGGUGUUUGUGAGCGGUGGAAGGGCGACUUACUCGCCAGAGAUAUUCUCGCGGGUUGGCGGGCAGAUUUACAUUGCCGGUCUCAACUCCCCCGGAGAGCCGCUUCCAGAGUUACCUACGGACUCAGCGGCAGGGAUGUCCAAGCAGGCGAUUGCGACGCUGCGGGACACGGCGAAAGAGGUUGCUGGUCUUUCCGGCACAGACAACGCUCACCAUGUGGAUGACCUCGAGGUCGUGAGGGAAGGGCUAUGUUUCCGGCCUGUCACGAACCGCGGCACGCCGAUCCUAUGUCGGAUACCUGAUGCCAAGCUUGGCGAGGGUGUGUCUACGCGGCCAGGCCCCGAAGGAGGCGUUUAUGUGGCGGCUGGGCAUGGACCUUGGGGCAUCAGCUUGAGCCUGGGCACGGGCAAAGUAAUGGCGGAGAUGAUUCGGGGGAAGGAGCUGAGUGCAGAUAUUUCUGGCUUGGACAUCAGAUAAUGCGAGAGUAAACGAUUGCGAUUGUUCGUUUCGAGCUCUUUCUCAUUGUUGCCAGGAUGUCUUCUGCCAUGACUUGAGAAACAGACCUGAGCACUAACAGCUUUUCAUGAUGCGAUUCAACGUGUUAUAUACGCUCAGCUUCA